AUGCCGCGCUUGAGCAUAGCAUGCGUCGCUGUGUUUACAGCUGGUGUUGUGUUCCGUAUCUUUGCGUCGUGGAUGAGCAGCUGGGGCGAGUUGCUCGUGGACCGAGUGGAACUGGCCACCGUUAUGGACCGACUUGAUUUGCUUCGUGAGCUGCAGACACUUCGGCACUCUGUGCGCGCGAAUCCGCGUGACGUGUGGGCGUCUUUGAGUGUGCACCAUUCACCAUUGCUCCUGCUUCUUCCGCAAGCCUGGCUAAUGGAUCCAGUCCGGUCUGCAACUCUCUGGAUCUUGUUGGAUGUGGUUACAGCCGCAUGUCUCGCACGCAUUGCAAGUGUACUUCGAUCGCGCAUAAAGGACAAGUCAAUUCUGAGCGUCUCGCUCACACCGACCCUCGUUGCUGCAAGGUAA